UUUCACAGCCUGUAGCUCAGACCUGAUCCUCAGAAAGCAUCAUUUGACUUCUGCUGUACAUGAUGGGCGUCCAACUGUUGGGUGUUGUGCUGAUCUUCUUGUCUGUAGGGCUGAAUAUACAGACAGCAGAGAGCUGCCGCUGUGCCCUACACCCUCAACAUCAAUUCUGCACUUCUGAAAUGGUGAUAUUAGCUGACGUAUCCGGAAAGGGGGGUUCUGUUAACAACUUAUUUCGGUAUAAAAUCAAAAUAAUCCAGGUAUUGAAAGGUUCUAUCAUGGCAAAACGAAUUCAAUACGUCUACACAGAUCCACAAUCAUCAUGUGGCAUCACACUGGAUCAGGGGAGAUACGUGCUUUCAGGGAACCAGCUUAAAGAUGGAAUCGAGGUGGGGCUGUGUAACCUUGUCAAUCGAUGGGAACAUCUCUCCUUAACGGAACAAGAAAACCUCACACAAACCUAUAAGAUGGGCUGUGACUGCACGAUCUCUACGUGUUCUGACAGUCCAUGUUGUCCCCAAUCUAAGAGUGAAUGUAAGUGGGAAAUCAACUCCCCUCAGUCUCGGGAGUACGUCUGUCUGAGGGACAGUGACGGCAUCUGUAGCUGGUACAUGCCACGUUCAAAAGUUGAUGAAAAUGCAUUGUGCAAAGCCUAAAAGACCAGCAUUUUCUCCUUCUUAAAGAAGAUAUUUGGAGAAAUGUUGUUCUUUCUAAAACUAAUUCAGUUUCUGAAUUCUUUUUACUCAAUAUAACUGCUAUUUUAACUCUGAGAGAGGAAAGAUCCUAUUCUUCCCCCACUUACUGUUUCCAUCGGCAAAUUAAACACAAAAUGUACGUGUUUCUAUUUGAUUGUAAUAUGAAUAGUAAACAUGAUUUGUUAAAUCAGGAUAUUUUUCUGUACCUUUGACUUCAAUAAAAAUGAAUAUUGAG